AUGAAAAAAGUCUGUGAUCAUUGUGGACAUAUGCAUGGGAACGAUGACAGUUCAAGUGCUGAAGCUGGUGGUAGUUCUUCUAGACAAGCUUUAGCCGAAAAAGUAGUGUGUCGGCGGGAGCAAUGUGAUGUCUCAAAUAGUUCUGAAGUAGGGAAUGAUGUUGUUGUACAAGGUUCAUUGAACAGUGGAAAGGCUACAAGACCUAGAGAUGAAGAAUCAUCCGUGGAAAGUGCUCGAAAUCGUAUGAACAAAAGUGUGAAUGAAGAUGAUAAAAAGGAAGAAAAGCGCCAGUGUGUAAAUGACUUAAAUACUGAAGACACUAACGAUUCCCAAAACAUUUCAAAACAAGGAACUCCUGCGAACUUUUGUAACAAUCAAGUUCUAAUCAAGAAAAUUCAUCCCAAAACAGAUUUUUACAAAAUAUUUUCAAAAGAAGUAUCAAAAAACCCCUUGGGCUGGCAGGCUGAAAAGAGAACAGUGAAAGACCGAUUUGAAUUCUUGUUUUGUAAUGAAGUCCUAGCUGAUGUCUUUUUCUAUGUUGGAUCAGAAGAAGAAAAACAGAAAAUACCAGCUCACACGUUUGUACUCUCUAUUGGGUCUGCCGUUUUCGACGCCAUGUUCAACUCUCAUGCAGAUGAUAGACAAAAUGAAGCUUUCGAGGUUCACAUUUCUGAUGUUGAGCCGCCAAUUUUUGUUUCGUUACUGCGCUUUCUCUAUACUGAUGAAGUUAAUGUUGGACCUGAGAGCGUAAUGUCUACUUUGUACAUAGCAAAGAAGUACGGUGUCCCUGCUAUGGAAAACACUUGUUUGACUUUCCUGAAGGAAAAUCUUGAAACAGAUAACGCUUUCUUACUAUUGAGCCAAGCUCGUUUAUUUGAUGAGACUGAUCUCGAAAAGAUGUGUUUGGAUGUUAUAGAUCGAGAAACUUAUGAUACUAUUCGCAAUGAUGGUUUCCUAGAGAUUGAUCACGUAACUUUGUGUGAGUUUUUACAACGAGAUACAUUACGUAUUAAAGAAGCAGAGCUGUUUAAAGCUGUUCUUCGCUGGGCUAAUGCUGAAUGUCAAAGGAAAACCCUUCAACAAACUUCGGAGAAUUAUCGAAUAGUACUAGGUGAUGCUCUUUUUUUGAUACGUUUCCCACUCAUGACGGUCGAGGAGUUUGCAAAUGUAGCAGCUCAACCUGGAUUACUUGAUGACCGGGAUAUUGUUGCACAGUUUCUUCAAUAUCAUAAAAAUCCGAAACCACCUUCCAAAUUUGUAAAUCGUCCUCGUUCCGCGGCUUCUGGAAGAGAACUUAGAAUUCAUCGGUUCACCAAAACUGAAGCUAGGUGGGGAUAUUCUGGUCAUGCUGACAAAAUCAAUGUUGCUGACUCUCACCAAUACAAUGUUACUUUAGAGUUAAUUCAGUCCGAGGAUGGAAAAAGCGUUGCUCGAAAUGAGACUUCAUAUACCAGUGACGGUACUGAUGAAGUUUUCCCUGUGUACUUUCGGACACCUAUGCGUAUCGAAGCGGAUACGUUUUACACAGCAAGCGUUGUCGUUCAGGGUCCCGAUACUUAUUAUGGAACUAAAGGUCGGAGAAAAGUUGUUUACGCUUUGAAUGAUAAAACUGAUGUCACUUUCAUUUUCAGUCUAAGUGGAAACAAUAACGGCACAUGUGUAGAUGAUGGCCAAAUACCAGAAAUCCUCUUUUCUACUCAGAUAACAUGA